AUGGUGUACCCAUCCGUUACCGAGUUGUCCUCCGGGACCGAAGCUUCAAAGCCAUUGACAAAUGGCUAUAACGGCUAUGACCACACAUCUUCUUCAGACCGCGCCAGCGACCAGGAGGACCUUGCUAUGUCUGAUCCUGAAACUGCAACGUCCAAUUCAUCCCACGUCGGCACUAACAACCAUACGGCCGCUGAUGACGCCAAUCAUCGCGCAUAUUCCCCUACAGAAAACUCGAGCUAUGAUGAUUCAGAUCUUGAGAGCCGUCGCGGAAAUCACUCCAGGAACGGCUCUUCCGCGUCAUCAUCAUCAGCCUCUAGUCGCGACAUGAAACGGAAAUCGCCUGUCAAUGAGACAGACUAUAUUAGAAGUAAUCCGGAACUUUAUGGGCUUCGCAGGAGCGGCCGCUCUAGGACUGAGCGUCGUCAAGCACUAGUAGACUCCGAAGAUGACGAAGAACCCAAAGCGCCACGUUCCAAGAGAAGACGGAUUAUCAAUUCACAGCCGCCCUCGAAACAGUCUUCUCGAUCAGUAACCCGGUCGUCUCCUUCAGACUCAGAUACAGACGAGUACGGCGCUACUUCCAGUCGUACAGCACGGCAUCGUCAAUUGAAAGCAGCCACGGUCAAUGUCGCAGCCGAGGUACGUUUUUCCAGCAGAAAUGCUACCAAGGUUGCAAAUUACAACGAAGACUCAGACGACAUGUUUGAGGAAGACGAAGAAGACCCUACACCAAAUGGUGCGGCUACGACACAGUAUUACAGCGGUCCUGGCAUCGAUUCUGUCCUCGAUCACCGACUUAAAGAUGGGGUUGACCCGGGCAUCAGUGAUAUCGAUGUCACCAUCCGCGACUGUCUCUACUACAUCAAGUGGCAAGACCAAUCCCACUAUCAUGCUACUUGGGAGUCUAGCGAUGAUUUGAAGUACCACAGUGGUUUUCGCAGACUUGAGAACUACUUCAAAAACAAAGUCAAGACCGAUCUCUACUUGAAUAAUGACCCUGACGUGGCACCGGAAGAGAAAGAAAAGUGGAACCUCGAUCGUGAGCGUGACAUCGAGUCAUUAGAAGACUACAAGAAAGUGGAGCGUAUUAUCGGUCAUCGUGAAGGUCCAGAGGGAACCGAAUAUUUCGUGAAGUGGAAAAGACUGAAUUACGACUCUUGCACCUGGGAAAGCGAUUCACUAAUCAAAGAUAUCGCCAUUGACGAACUGGAUAAGUUUCUCGAUCGCAAUGACAAAGUUGUUACUUGCGACAAACGUGAGAUGCAACCUAAGACAAGAUCGCCCCAUGUACCCAUUACUGGAUCUCCAAGUUUCCUACAAAACGGCCAGCUGAAGGACUUCCAGGUCAAGGGUCUGAAUUUUCUGGCUUAUAAUUGGUCUCGCAAUCAGAAUGUGGUUCUCGCUGAUGAGAUGGGUCUCGGCAAGACCGUACAAACCAUUGCAUUCAUGAACUGGCUUCGUCACAUUCGUAUCCAAGAUGGUCCGUUCAUUGUUGUUGUCCCCCUGUCGACGAUCCCUUCCUGGUCGGAGACGUUCGACUACUGGACACCGGAUGUGAAUUAUGUUGUCUACACUGGUUCCAGUGCAGCUCGACAGAUCAUCAAGGAUUAUGAACUGAUGAAGGACGGGAACCCCCGGAAGCCGAAGUUCAAUGUUUUGCUUACAACAUUUGAGUAUGCCAAUAUGGACUUUGACUUCCUGCGACAAUUCCCAUGGCAGUUCAUGGCUGUGGACGAAGCCCAUCGUCUGAAGAAUCGAGAGUCGAAUCUUUACGCAAACCUUCUCGAUUUCAGAUCGCCUGCUCGACUUUUAAUUACCGGAACUCCCAUUCAAAACAAUUUAGCAGAGUUAUCAGCAUUGAUGGACUUCCUUAACCCCGGUUUAGUUGAGGUUGAGGUGGAUAUGGAUUUGAGUUCUGAAGCUGCUUCUGAAAAACUGGCUAAACUUCAGAAUACUUUGAAGCCUCUUAUGUUACGGCGUACGAAGUCUAAAGUGGAAACUGAUCUUCCACCCAAGACUGAAAAGAUCAUUCGCGUUGAAUUGUCAGAUGUUCAACUUGAAUACUACAAGAAUAUUCUGACAAAGAAUUACGCUGCAUUGAACGAAGGCGCCAACGGCCAAAAGCAAUCUCUGCUCAACAUCAUGAUGGAGCUAAAGAAAGCCAGCAAUCACCCGUUUAUGUUUCCAAAUGCCGAAGCAAAACUUUUGGAAGGCAAUACGCGCCGCGAAGACCUUCUGCGUAUCAUGAUUACCAGCAGUGGCAAAAUGAUGCUUCUUGAUCAGCUGUUAGCUAAACUCAAACGUGACGGCCAUCGGGUUCUAAUUUUUAGCCAAAUGGUGAAGAUGCUCGAUAUCCUCGGUGACUACAUGCGAUUUCGGGGAUAUCAAUAUCAGAGGCUUGAUGGUACGAUCAGUGCUACGAAUCGUAGAGUUGCUAUGGAGCAUUUCAACGCUCCUGAUAGCUCUGAUUUCGCAUUCCUUCUUUCUACCAGAGCGGGCGGCCUUGGAAUCAAUCUCAUGACCGCCGACACCGUCAUACUUUUUGACUCUGACUGGAACCCACAAGCCGAUCUUCAAGCAAUGGCUCGCGCACACCGAAUCGGUCAAACUAAACCUGUGAGUGUUUAUCGUCUCGUGUCUAAAGACACUAUCGAAGAGGAAGUGUUAGAACGUGCCCGAAACAAACUUAUGCUUGAGUUUAUUACAAUCCAACGAGGCUUGACGGAAAAGGAUGUCCUUCCGGGCAAACACAAUCGGUCUGUUGGAGAGCCUACUGGGACUGAUGAGAUCUCACGUAUUCUCAAGCGACGCGGACAGAAAAUGUUCGAGCAAACAGGAAACCAAAAGAAAUUGGAGCAGCUCGAUAUUGAUUCUGUUCUCGCCAACGCUGAAGAACACAAGACAGAACAAGCUGAAGGGUUGGAGGCUGAUGGUGGCGAGGAUUUCCUCAAAUCGUUUGAGUUUGUCGACGUCAAGGUCGAUGAGAUGAGCUGGGAUGAUAUUAUUCCCAAAGAACAACUUGCUGAAAUCAAGGCCGAGGAAAAGCGUAAAGCGGACGAGAAGUAUCUAAGGGACGUGAUCGACCAGAAUCGCCCUCGAAAACGCAGUGCACCCAAUGAUGCAUUUGAUGAACGGGAAGAACGCAAAGCUAAACGUCGAGCUCGAGCUCAGGUCAACUUGGAAACUGCAGACGGCUCUGAAUCUGAAUCACAAGAUCCCAAGCGCUCACUCAAAGAGAAGGAACUUCGUCAUCUCAUCCGAGCAUUCUUGCGUUAUGGAGAUAUUGAGGAACGUGAGGAAGAUGUCGUACGCGAGGCGCGCCUUGUUGGGCGUGAUAGGGAGACGGUUAAAGCUGCACUCCAGGAAAUUAUCGACAAAGCAUCUGAGUUGGUAAAAGAGGACAGACAAAAGCUAGAGGAGAUGGAAAGGUCAGGCAAGAUUCCCACCAAAAAAGAGAAGAAGGCAGUCCUUUUCGAUCAUCAGGGUGUGAAGCGAAUCAACGCUCACACCAUUGUCGAGCGUCCAGAGGAAAUGCGCAUAUUGCGUACAGCAACCAAAGGGUUGACUGACCAAACUAGCUUCCGCGUUCCUGAAGCCUCAAAGAAGGCUGACUAUACUUGCUCCUGGGGUGCGCGCGAAGAUGGGAUGCUUUGCAUUGGUAUUGUCCGCCAUGGCUACGGAGCAUGGCCGGAGAUCCGUGACGAUCCUGAUUUGGGGCUGAAAGACAAGUUCUUCCUCGAGGAACAUCGUGUCGACAAGAAAAAUGAACGCGCCAAUGCUGAGGAGAAAGGAACAAAGUCACCUGGAGCCGUCCACCUCGUACGGCGUGCCGAUUACCUGAUUUCAGUCUUAAGAGACAAGAGCUUGAACGGUCAUAGUGUAACCGCUAGAAAGGCUGUCGAUAACCAUAAUCGCAACAAGAAACUACAAAAUAACCAACGGCGACAGUCCAGUAUCUCCGCGUCUCCGGCUCCUUCGAGUUCCCGGAAAGCUCGUCGUGAAUCAGAGAAGCCUCGUCAGCGGUCCCAAACGAAUGGUCCUCGCGACAGCAUUGAGCGUGCCAACACUCCUAGAGCUGAACCUGUAAAAAUCAAGAAUCUUUCUGCUGCUGGUAAGGUCCAGAAACGUGUACGUGUUCAAAAUGGAGUACAUGGGGAGCGUUCUCGACGCCGCAGUCCCAGUUCUACUGCACCUCCGGCUUCAAUGGAAGAUUUAUUCUUUGAACCAAAAGCCCACUUGCUAGCUAAACUUCGUGACGUGAGAAAGAAUAAUCCUGACAAGGACCAACGUGCCAGCGAGAUGCGCCGCCUCAUCCUGAAAAUUGGAAAUUACAUCCACCAUCUCCUGCGCAUUGACAAUUACCCAGGGCUGGAAGAUAGGCUCUGGGAACACGUCGCUAAAACCUGUUUUCCUCCUGGCAAAGCCACUCUCAGUUCUAUAAAAACGAUGUAUGAGAGGGUAGUUGCGAACAAUCGAGACACAGCUACUACUGCCAGGUAGUGGAUUGUAACUUUGCCAUUUGUCACACUGGAACAAUUGUCACACAAAUCGGGCUUGCGAGUGUCUAGGACAAGCAAGGACUGUCACCAGCGAAUUUUCGAAGGGUAGCAAUCAUUCAUUAUUCACUUGUGGAUUGCGGCAAUACUUGCAAGGUGACAAUGUCUGUCUUGGCUGACGGCCCUCCAUUGCGCUGUGUACAGGGUGGGUGUUUUCCCUCCUUUGCAAUGUUGAUGGGCAGUUGCAUCGUGUGCAACAUCAGUCUUGGCUGAUGCCCUCCAUUGCACUCUGUAGGGGUGUUUAUUCCCUCCUUUGCGGUGUUGUGAUGGGUGCUUUGUAACGACGCCAACCAUGUCGGUUCGCCCCUUUGACAGUCCACGGUCCUUGCUUAUCGAGUUGAACCUUGCGCUUCCUUACCACCUUUCAAUCCGUCUAUUACAUGAAACGAGGUCUCGAUACAUAUAAUUCCACCGACAGCUGGGUGUAUUUCUUACUUUUGUUUUUCACUACUGGUCCUAUUAUGCAUUUCAAGCGUGGAGUUUGGGUAUAAGACGAGACGUCUACAUGAUACAUAUGCCGCAUUGCAUGGACAGACGCACAGAAAUGAUGACGCCUGUACGAGAGUUGAGCGCAGUGCUUUUUUCCAUUUCUUCAUUUGUCUUCGCUUCUAAUCUUGUACCUUCACUGCCUGUCCAUUACAUGCUUUCCAUGUUAACGGACGGAUUCGAGGUGUCGUAUCUUGCUCAUUACCUUUUUUAUCGGCCACUGUUGCCAAGCAGGAAAUGGAGUUAGUGUACAUAAUGGCGUCGUGCUUGAAAUGAUCUGGGCGUUGCAUUUUUGGGAGUUAAAAGACAGUUCAACUUGAGGAUCUAGAGUCUUUUGGGGUGGGAUGCUGUUGACGAUGUAUGUAGUACAAAAUUUUUGAAGCUCAAUGAAUGAUACCAUUCCAUUCCAAGACC